AUGGCCGCGGCGGCUCUGGCGGGUCUCUCAGUGAUGACUGUGCUCAGUGCGGGUUUCCUCGCCUGGGACUGGAGCAGCCCGAACCAGGUGGAAAACGAUCCAGUGGCCCCGGAGCCCAACAGUCCCCCGCAUAUCAUCUUCAUCAUGACGGACGACCUGGGCUUCAACGAUAUCGGAUACCAUAACCCGGACAUGCGCACUCCCACCUUGGAUAAACUGGCAGCGGAGGGGGUGAGACUGGAGAAUUACUACGUGCAGCCCAUCUGUACCCCGUCCCGCAGCCAGCUCCUCACUGGCAGGUAUCAAAUCCACACUGGUCUCCAGCAUUCAAUCAUUAGGUCUCGUCAGCCCAACUGUCUGCCGUUCGACCUGGUCACCCUGCCACAGCGUCUCCAGGAGGCUGGCUACUCCACACACAUGGUAGGUAAAUGGCAUCUGGGCUUCUACAAGCGUGACUGCCUCCCCACACGCCGAGGCUUCGACACCUACCUUGGCUCCCUGACCGGCAGUGUGGACUACUACACCUAUGAAUCCUGUGACGGACCAACCAGGUGUGGCUAUGAUCUUCAUGAAGGCGAAUCUGCGAUGUGGGGACAUCGCGGGAAAUAUUCCACGCACCUGUACACACGCAGAGUACGGAAGAUCCUUGCGUCACAUGACCCCACACAACAACCUUUGUUUAUUUUCCUGUCCUUCCAGGCAGUACACACUCCUUUACAGUGUCCCAAGGAGUACAUUUAUCCAUAUCAUGGCAUGGGAAAUGUCCACAGGCGCAAAUAUGCAGGCAUGGUGUCAUCAGUGGAUGAAGCGGUUCGAAAUGUGACCUACGCACUGAGGAAAUACGGCUACUACAGAAACAGUGUAAUUAUUUUCUCAACAGACAAUGGUGGGCAGCCUCUUUUUGGUGGAAGCAACUGGCCUCUCAGGGGCAGAAAAGGGACAUACUGGGAAGGUGGAGUGCGUGCAGUAGGAUUUGUCCACAGCCCACUUCUUAGGCGACGCAGGAAAGUCAGCAAAGCAUUAAUUCACAUUACGGAUUGGUACCCAACGCUGGUGCACCUAGCAGGGGGAAAUAUGUCCUGGUUACAGGGGCUGGAUGGUUACAACAUGUGGGAGACCAUUAGUGAAGGUAAAGAGUCUCCACGCUUUGAAAUUCUUCAUAACAUCGAUCCUCUUUAUGUCCCUGCACGGUACGGUUCGCUCCAGAGGGGAUUCGGUAUCUGGAACACGUCCAUGCAGGCAGCAGUGCGCAUGGGAGACUGGAAGCUUCUGACAGGAGAACCGGGUUAUGGGGACUGGACUCCACCACCAGUGCUAGGAAACUUCCCAGGCAGUUGGUGGAACCUGGAGCGUCAUGCCGAAUUUAAAAAGUCGGUUUGGUUGUUCAACAUUACAGCAGAUCCGUAUGAGCGUUAUGAUAUGGCUGAAAAAAGACCUGAUGUGGUAAAGCAGCUGCUGGCCAGGCUAGCGUUUCAUAACCGCACUGCCGUGCCUGUGCGCUUUCCUGCUGAGGACCCCAGGGCAGAUCCGAACCUGAAUGGUGGGGUUUGGAGGCCUUGGGCUGGAGACAUGGAAGCAGACAGCUGGGAUCAAGUUUAUUCCAGGAAGAAGAAGGACACUAAUAAAAAGAUCUGCAAAAUGAAGUCUUUUUUUAAGAAACUGAACACAAAGAUCAUGUCCAACAGGAUAUGAAUAGGAUGAGUGGGAUAGGAAUGGAUCUUUAUAGAAACAUUCUUUUGCCUCACAAGGA